UUUUCAGUUCUAGCCUCUUUUAAUCCUAAAAGAGAAAUGCUUCCAACCCCUCCCGUUCUUCCAAACACCCAUCUGCUAGAGAUGUGGUUGCCAUGGCAGCUGCUGAGUCAUCGUCCAUCAUCGGCAGCCGUCCACAUACUACCUCCUAAUGCAGCGAGGAGGUUCAACUAAAGGCCUGCAUUAGCAUUCUAGCACAUCUAAGCUGGUCGUUGUCACAGGAUUGUGCAGCCGGCUAAACUGCAGCGAUUUGGAUGGGUAACUUCCCCACCGCAGUAAAGCACUGCCUGAGCUAUGAGCAACUCAUCAAGGACUACCCCUGGCUAAGAGGCUGGCUACAGGAAGAGAAGACCAAGUAUCCAGAAUUUGUAAAAAUUGUAGAAGUUGGGCCUAGAGAUGGACUUCAAAACGAAAAGGAAGUUGUUCCGACAAAAGUAAAAAUCCAAUUGAUAGACAUGCUCUCAGGAACAGGCCUUUCUGUGAUCGAGGCCACCAGCUUCGUCUCUUCAAAGUGGGUGCCGCAGAUGUCAGAUCACAGUGAUGUCCUCAGAGGAAUCCAGAGAGCCCCACAUGUUCAGUACCCUGUUUUGACACCUAAUAUGCAAGGCUUCCAGGAUGCUGUUGCAGCUGGUGCCACUGAAGUGGCUGUGUUUGGGUCUGCGUCAGAAACCUUCAGCAGAAAGAACAUUAACUGUUCCAUUGAUGACAGCAUGCUGAAGUUUAAGGAAGUCAUUAAGGCUGCCAAAGAGCAACAAAUUCCAGUCCGUGGGUAUGUUUCUUGUGCUCUUGGAUGCCCUUAUGAAGGUCGCAUUGAGCCUGCAAAGGUUGCUGAGGUGGCAAGUAUGUUAUAUGGAAUUGGAUGUUAUGAGAUUUCACUAGCGGACACUAUCGGUGUUGGAACACCAGGUUCCAUGUUGCAGAUGCUGCAGAGAGUAACGCAGGAAGUUCCCAUCAGUGCUCUUGCAGUUCACUGCCAUGACACAUAUGGACAGGCACUUGCUAACAUCCUCACAGCUCUACAGAUGGGGGUCUCGGUGGUGGAUUCUGCAGUAGCAGGCCUUGGCGGUUGCCCCUAUGCAGAAGGUUCAUCUGGGAAUGUUUCCACAGAGGAUGUUGUCUACAUGCUCCAUGGCAUGGGCAUAGAAACAGUACGGUGUGAAUCUUGAUAAAGUGAUGGAGGCCGGUGACUUUAUCUGCAGCGCUUUGAACCGCAAGACCAACUCCAAGGUCUCCCUGGCAAGAAACAGGAAGCUGUGAUAUAUUUCUGCAACAGAAAAGAUGAUUAUGGCAACCAACCAGAAUACUGGAGAGUUAUGGCUGUUUAUGAACAGGCUUACAGAACAACAACAUGUGAUGAGAAAAGUUGGCAUAGCUUAAUAAGCUAAGAGCUGGUUAACUAUUGGAAUGUUUUGGGAAACCGAAUGGAAAGUAGAAAGGGAAUAUUUUUAUUAUUCCAAAUUAAAGAAGUAUAUGUCUUGAUAAAGAUGCUAAAACUGUCAUUUUAUUUGGCUUCAAAGUAAAUAUUUUUGUUCUAUAGAAUUUUGACAGGUUCAUGAUUUGUUUUGCAGCUCUUCAAAUAAUAUCCCAUUUUUAAAAUAUUUCCAAUUUAAUUGGAACAAUUAACUUCUUAUGUGGCAUUCACAUGCGAGAACAUCACCUUGUGGGUUACGUUACCAUAGUAGUUUUUGCUUUUCACCUUUUGGCACAUCCCAUCAGGGGUUGCCACAGUAAAUCACCUUUCACUGCUUCGCACAGGUGGUUUGGUAGAGAUUUUCCAUCAUCACUUCUGCUUAACUGGAACCCUGUGACUCCAAAAUUAAAAAAGCAAAUCAAUAAAGAGCUAGGACCGUAAGAGAUUCAUCACAAAAUUUCAGUUUAAGCUUUUUUGCAUUUUCUUUCAAUACUAGUUUUGAAUAUUUCCAAAGUGCCUCUGCUGGUAAUUCUUCUUUAGUGGAUGGUUUCAGUGUGUUGGCUGAAAUUUCAAAGUCUUAAAGUAAGGACAGGUAACUUUAGAUUUAAAUGAAACUAUGCACUUUGUUAGUGAUGGUUGGAUAAAUUGAUAUACCAAAUUAUUUAAAGUUCCAGUUUUACUUAAUACUGCAUUAUCAGUUAUGUAGCUAUAAGAAGUCAAAAUCAGAGAGUUAAAUUAUGCUUUGUUAUUAUUUAUAUAUUAUUCUGAUAUAAAACACUGUGGGUUGAUCUGAGAAGUUUGAAAGAGCUUUACCAACCAGCUGUGAUUCUGCAAAAAAAAAAAAAAGCAGGAUUUUCAUUAGCAAAUCCCAACCAUAUAGAAAUCUGGGGAGUUUUUGACAUUAGCUUUGUUACAUGUCCCUUAAGAAGGGUACCUUCAUGUUAAUUAAUUUAUGGAUCUGGUUUAUUUUCUUCCAUGUCUGAGCUUUUUGAGCUGUAAAACAAAAUAACUCUGAUCUUAAUGAAGGAAAAUGAUGACUGCAGAAAUAAAUGUUGGGCUCUUUCUUUCUUUCUAUGACUAGACUUGUGAAAUAAAAAGUGACAUUCAA